GCGGUGCGGUGCGGUGCGGGGCGGUGCUGCCCGCCCACCGCAGCCGGCCGGGAGACACCGCCGCCGCCACAGGGCGGGAGAGGAGCGGCCGGGCCGGGGGGGCAGCGCCAUGGCAGAGAAAUGCGACGUGGUGGUGGUCGGGGGCGGCAUCUCAGGUCUCUCGGCAGCCAAACUGCUGACUGAGUCAGGCUUGAAUGUGGUGCUGCUGGAAGCCAAUGACAGGGUUGGGGGAAGAACUUUCACCGUAAGGAAUAAGCAAGUUAAAUACGUGGACCUUGGAGGAGCCUAUGUGGGGCCAACACAGAAUCGUCUCCUGCGGUUGUCUAAGGAGUUGGGAAUAGAGACAUAUAAAGUGAAUGAAGUUGAGCACCUGAUACACCAUGUCAAGGGUAAGUCUUACCCCUUCAAAGGUGCAUUCCCUCCUCUGUGGAAUCCUUUGGCCUACCUGGACUACAACAACCUGUGGAGGACCAUGGAUGAAAUGGGAAAGGAGAUUCCUAAUGAAGCUCCAUGGAAGGCUCCACAUGCAGAAGAAUGGGACAAAAUGACUAUGCAAGAUUUCAUAGACAAAAUUUGCUGGACAAAUGCUGCCAAGAGUUUUGCAACUCUGUUUGUGAAUGUGGAUGUCACUUCUGAACCCCACGAGGUCUCUGCCCUCUGGUUUUUGUGGUAUGUGAAGCAGUGUGGGGGGACAGCCAGGAUCUUCUCAACAACCAAUGGAGGGCAGGAGAGAAAGUUUGUUGGAGGCUCUGGACAGAUCAGUGAGAAAAUAAUGGAGCGCCUAGGAAGCCGAGUGAAGCUGAGGAAGCCAGUAGUCCGCAUUGACCAGUCGGGUGAAAAUGUCGUAGUGGAAACCUUAGAUCAUGAAUUAUAUGAGGGCAAAUAUGUGAUCAGUGCCAUUCCCCCAGCUCUUGGUUUGAAGAUUCAUUUCAACCCACCUUUGCCCCCAAUGAGAAACCAGCUCAUCAACCGAAUCCCAAUGGGCUCAGUCAUCAAAUGCAUCGUGUACUACAAGGAAACCUUCUGGAGGAAGAAGGGGUAUUGUGGUACCAUGAUGAUUGAGGACGAGGAUGCUGCAAUUGGUUUAACACUUGAUGAUACUAAGCCUGAUGGUAGCUUUCCUGCCAUAAUAGGUUUCAUUCUUGCUCGAAAGUGUAGAAGACUGACAAAUCUCACAAAAGAAGAAAGGAAAACGAGGCUGUGUGAGCUCUAUGCAAAGGUUCUGGGAUCAGAGGAAGCUUUACAUCCAGUACAUUAUGAAGAGAAGAACUGGUGUGAAGAGCAGUAUUCUGGAGGAUGCUACACAGCCUACUUCCCACCAGGCAUAAUGACUCAGUAUGGAAGGAUUCUUCGGCAGCCCGUUGGCAGGAUCUACUUUGCUGGCACAGAGACAGCCACAGAGUGGAGCGGAUACAUGGAGGGGGCCAUACAGGCUGGAGAAAGAGCAGCCAGAGAGAUACUGUUUGCUAUGAGGAAAAUCCCAGAAAGUGAAAUAUGGAAGCCAGAACCUGAAUCAAUUGAUGUUCCAGCUUUGCCCAUCACUACAACCUUUUGGGAGAGAAACUUGCCAUCUGUGCCAGGACUGAUAAAGCUGAUUGGAUUUUCCACUGUAUUCACCUCUGUGGCUGUGGCAGGGUUAUUUGCCUACAAAAAAGGACUUCUGGUUCGAAACUGAAAAAGGUGCCAACACAAAGCCUCACAGUUUUGUUUUUGUCAGAGGUUUUUUUGGCAUGUACUUCCCUAUCUCCAAAAACAGAUCAGGACUGGGGAAGAGGAGAAAAGAGUAGAGAGAAGACACUAGAGUGGAGAGAUAAAUGGAGAUCCAUAUUCAAAGGAUUCGUAUCCUUUGAAUCCAGGCCUCCUUCUAUCAGUAACUUUUUUUGUUGUUGUAUUUCUAGGAAACCCUGCCAAGAAUUAUCACCUUGAGAUUUUUAUCCAGAUUUCAGAACACAGGUGACAAAAUGCCUCAAUAAAGCCUGUUCUGAUGAGUUUUCCAGUGUUUUUUACACUUCUGAACCAGGCCCCGAACUCUAAGUCUUCUUAGUACUUCAUACCUAUCUGGAAACAAAGCAUUUCUGCCCUAAUGUGUGACUGAGAAAAGAAAUUUAACUUAAAAGUGUAAUUGAUUAGUUCAUGCAAAUUGCUGCUAAGGACCUUUUUAAUGAUUUUUUUUUUCCUCUCCCAGAUGUCCAGAGCCCAGGCAGCACUUAAAGAACAAGUCAGGCUACCACCUGAAAUGGCCAUAGGUUGUUAGUAUUUCCAAUGGCAUUUUUGUCAUUGCAAGUCACAUCUGUCAUUUGUCAGUGAGUUAAAAGACAAUAUUUUUACUGCCUCUGACAAAGGAGUUGCAAUUCAGGCUCCCUGGCUAUGUUCACACUGCCUGGAAUGGCAGACCUCAUGUGUCUGAGCUCGUUCCUGUGAGGGUUCAGGUCUUCUCUGCCAGCAGGCUACAGAGGACAGCCAGUGUGUAGAGCAGCAUGGCUGGCCAGGCUGUUGGGCCUGAGUGUGAACUGGGAACUUUGUGUAAAUGUGAUGAUACAGACAAAGCCUUCUGAACUUUUGUCAUCUUCUCUGACAUCUCUUUGCCUCCAGGGCUCACCUUUAGAUCCCUAAAGGGAGCUGUAAGAUAACAAGUGAACAAAUUAACCUCUGCUUAUCCCAGGAAGCUGUAGAGCUGCCCAUACAAACUGUUUUACACCAUUUUCUUAUCUUCUUCCUUUCUUUUAUCUGCUUAUGUUUAUACUUUGAACACCUUGAGGGUGUCUGUUGCCUAGUAGGGCACAACAGGCUUGGAAACGUACCUUUAGCAUAGUAAAUAAUACCCUUAUCUGUCUCUCAAUGCUUACUUCAUGCUGAACACAGCUCAGCUGAUUCAGAGCUCCAGUCUCUCCUAACAACCAUAUUGAUGUGAUUAGCACUGCCACUUCUGCCUGCUGUGUGGUGUUGUACUGACUGUGCACUUUUGGUGACUAAUCAAGGAUCUUAAUGAUGAAGAGAUCAAAGGUAACUGGGGAUAGGAGACUCACAUAUGAGUGCUUCUGCCCUCCCUAGUUCAGAACCUUUCAAACAACGUUAACCAGAAAAAAAAAAAAAAAAAAAAAAAAGGAGUGGGGAGAGGGCAGAGAGCAGAAACAUAUGCACACACAAAAACAGCAGCCAAAAAAAAAACCACCAAACCACCCAUACCAUAGGUGCCCAGCUGUCAACUAGGUAUUUCUGCUGUUUAACAUCUGUGCAGCACAAAAAAAGGAAGUCACAGGUGUAACUGGGAACAGGAUGAAGCCCAGUGCACGUGGUUUGAGGAAAGUUACCUGGAUGGAAUUUUUUGGACCCCAUUUGCUACACUUCUGUCUUCAACCAGCUGUGAUUUAUAUGUAAAAAAUAGCAUUUCAGUAAAAAGGUGUGGAGGGAAAUAUAAUAAGUAUAGGGGUGAGCAGACAGCAGAGGAACUUUACCAUCAGUCUCAUGCAGACUUUCUGGGCUAGCAUCUGAUCUCCUUGCUUGUGCUGAGUACUACUUUACUCUCCAAAUAGUCCCACGGAAAUCCAGUGAACUGCCUAUAAAGUUGUAAUAUUUGUGAGCAGCACAUCAGUUUCUGGCCCUUAGGUUUCAUUCUUUUUAACUUGAUGUGCCAGUUAAAAAUCUUCUUGUAGCAGCAGCUUGGAUUUUAUCACAAAUGAAUAUUCUCAUAACAGCCUUUUAAAAUGCAUGGGGGAACUUUUCAGACAUAAACUUUAAGUCAGAAGAACAGUGCAGCACUGUACAUAUGGCCUUUCUCAUUGUAUCACAUUGAGCACUAAUUGGCCAGGACAUUUGCCUACCACAGAGUGCUUCUACGUGGGCUUUUUUUCUCCGUGAUUUAUUUACUAAAUGAAUUAAAAACCCAGAGCUGAACGGGAACUCUGUGAGUUCAGAGCUUUUGCAACUCAGACAAUUCUCAGGCUGAAAAUGAGCGUAGGAGCCUAAAUUUGGGAAGGGAUUCUUGAAGUCUUGCUCCGGUAUUUCUAAGUGUUAGACAGUUAAUGAAUACUUAACAUAUAAAGUACAGCUGCCUUUGCAGAUAAUUUCCCUGCCAACAGUGGUUGGAAUUCAAGCCCCACUUCUGCCCCAGAAAUACUCUGCAGGUCUGGAAAGGGGAGCAAAUCCAUGAGACUGAAGAGGAUAAAUUGGUUUUGUUCAUGUCCAAAAGGUAUCUUCUUUUUUGCUCCUGAAUCUGACAGAGUGUUUUCCUAGUCUAACAAUAAAAAGCUGCAUGUCAUAGGAACAGAAAAUGCAAGGAAAAGAAGAAUUUAGGUGUAGUUAGAACUGGAUUGAAUCAUAACAACAUGAGGUUGUUAUGAUUUAUGUUAUGUUAUGUUUUAUGAGGUUGGUCUUCCUUUUUUUUUUUUUUUUUUAAUGAGUGUAUAGCUAUAAGCCUUUCUUGUUUUUAGUUUCAAAAUGAAACAAAAAGGGAAAGAGGAAAAAAAAACCACAAAACAUUUUUCAAGUUAUUUUGCCACUACUAAAUGUAGGGGUGACAUGGAAUCCCAAAUUAAAUUUGGAUUCCCUGAGGUUUCUAGCCUAUACUUACGGAGCUAAGAGGUCUGAAUUGCCACAUUUGUAUUAGCACUCAGAAGUCUUUGACUUCUUCAUUCCAGAGUACCUCAGUGUUAGGAUUGGUCUCUUUGUCUCCACAGCCACAUCUCUACAUUGUGCUGUGGAGCUUGUGACCACUGUGUGAUUUAAAAAAAUAUAUAUGUUUGCUAUUGUUUUCUCAACAUCUUCUAAACAAAAUGAGUAUGUGGCAUGCUGAAUAUGUGUAUGCCAGUGUGAUGAGAAAAUUGACAAAGGUAGGUAGAGAAUGAAGCUGCUUUCCCAUGAAGAGAGGGAAUUGCUAGCAUUGGCUUACACUUUAAAAUUCCUUUGUGCCAGCCCUUUAAACAGAAGGAUGAAGUCAUUUAAUGGGUAACCAGUAGUGCUAUAUUUUAACUUUUUAACACAUUUGAUGAGAAAUGAGUUUACCAGAUUAGUAAAAUGUACAGUAGGCCCAACUAUGGAAAUAAUUGUAUUUGUCUCUUACAAACUAAUUUUUGUUAUCACGUAUAUUUUUAAGGGUCUUAAGAGUUUGCUACAAAAAGAGGUUUACUUGCUUAUAUGCUGCUGCAGUAGUAACUGUAUAAUGCAAAGGAUGUCAAGUCACGGCAGGAAAAUCUGUGUUAAACAAAAUACUUGAAAGUUAAUUUUACAAACUACUCAACACUAGCAAGGAAAUGAGCACUGUAAGGUAGCCCCUCGUCCUUCCUUUAACCAGUACAUUUUUCUUCUCAUGCAAAUCUUGAUUCCAGAUAGCAUAUCUGCUGUCAAUAAGACAAUGACAUUAAUCACUCAAGUAUGUGUCUAAGCAUUGUCCAAAUUGGAACCCAAGAUCUAGUGGAGCAGCUAGGGACUUCUAUUAAAAUAAUCUUCCCAUUUCCUCGGUGGGACUAUUUUUCACUUACAUUGAAUUUACAGAAGUGCAGAAAUUGUAAGAUUUUUCUUUUGAGACAUGAAAGAAAACUCUUUUUGUGGAAGAAGGAAUUGUGUGUGCUACAGAAGUGCUUGGAUGCAAAAGGGAGCCAGAAUUAAAUGACAACAGAACUGCUACUGCUCUCAGGCAAGGAGCAGACCCACUUAAAUUGCAGAUUACCGAUGCUCAGGAAUAAGCCUGACCUGUGUUUAAAUAGACUAACAUUCUCUCCCACAUCUCCACCUUAAGAUCACCUUGAUCUCACAGUCCAUUCUUAGAGAUAAAAACGAGAUGGCCAAAGCAGUCUUGUUUUCAAAGUAACUCUACAGUCAAAUCGUUUAGGCGUUGUUAUAGACUGCUUCUUAUAGUGUGUCUCUUGUGACCGUGUGCAGGUCAGUGUUAAGUGAUGCCUGCCUCUGUGUUUUGGGAAAAAAAAGAAAAAAAAAAAAAGUGACUUUGCUUUGCAGGAAUAUAUAUGCUGUGUGUGUGAUGAAUUUGUGCCUUUUAUAACUGUAGCAUUUUCUCAAGUGCCUCUGUGGUGACUGUCUCCAUUGGGUUACAUCUUAAGUUCCCUUUUCAAUUGUCUCUGCAGAUAUUUUUAUCUGACAGCUGUGAACCUUUUUUUAACCUUAAUUAGAAUCAAUAAAUAUUGUCAUGUCA